UUAACAGAUUUUUUGGGUAGGCCUUUCUCCGUGUCAGUUCGGGUUGUCGGUUUCCCGGAUUUUUUUGCGGGUCUACUGUCUACAUCCCUUCUACCCUCAUCACCGAAUUCUCUCGCAAUUUCCUAUUUAUCUAAAACCCUAAAACCUCCGCAUUACUUUCUCUCUGUUUUCCCUUUAAGUAAUUUUUGCUCAACGUCAUCCAAUGGACGCUCAGCGGGCUCUUCUGGACGAACUCAUGGGAGCUGCUCGAAAUUUGACUGAGGAAGAGAAAAGAGGUUACAAAGAAGUGAAAUGGGAUGAUAAGGAGGUUUGCGCGUUUUAUAUGGUUCGAUUUUGUCCACAUGACCUAUUUGUCAAUACUCGAAGUGAUCUUGGACCAUGCCCUAGAAUUCAUGAUCCAAAGUUGAAGGAAAGUUUUGAGAAGUCCACAAGACAUGAUGCUUACGUACGCAAAUUUGAAGCUGAACUUGUGCAGUUUUGCGAGAAAUUGGUCAUGGACCUGGAUAGAAGAGUUCGACGUGGGCGAGAACGCCUUGCUCAAGAAGUGGAACCUGCACCACCUGCUCCAGUACCAGAGGAAAAAUCUGAACAGCUCUCAGUGUUGGAGGAGAAGAUAAAGAAUCUUCUGGAACAAGUAGAAGCCCUUGGUGAAGCUGGUAAGGUGGAUGAAGCAGAAGCGCUUAUGAGAAAGGUGGAGCUACUUAAUAUUGAGAAGACAGCCUUGACCCUACAACCCCAGAAUGAGAAGUUGUUGAUGAUGGCUCAGGAGAAGAAAAUGGCUCUUUGUGAAAUCUGUGGUUCUUUUCUGAUCGCAAAUGAUGCUGCUGAGAGGACUCAGUCUCAUAUUACUGGAAAGCAGCAUAUUGGUUACGGCAUGGUUCGUGAUUUCAUUAAUGAGUACAAGACUGCAAAGGAGAAGGCAAGGGAAGAGGAAAGACUAGCAAGGGAAAAAGAGGCAGAAGAAAGGAGGAAGCGGAGGGAGAAAGAAUACGAGAGUAGAAAGAGAAAAAGUGAUUCGGGUGAUAGGGAAAGGUAUUGUGAUCGAGACCGUGAUAGGGAGCGAGAGCAAUACAGAGAACGUAGUCGGGAUCAUGAAAGGUCUCGGGAGUUGGAUGGUAGAAGUGGUCGGGAUGGAGGGAGGAGAAUGGAUUGGAGACACAAGAAAGAAAGAGAUGAAAGCAGGGAAAAGUAUCGUGAUCAUAGCAGAUCACGGUCCCCUGUUAGGCAUGGUCAUGGGAGGUCACCUAGAAGUCCAGUUCGCCCAUAUUAGUGGAUUGUGUAGAUAGGUCUCUGAUCUUUGAAAUUAAAUGAGGUAGUUUUUCUUAAUAUCUCAGAGUUUUAUAAAUGUGUGCUUUUGGCGGCUUGCAUUUCAUAGUCAUCAAUCAUCAUGGGUGAAACUUUUUUGUCAUCUCACAGCUUUUGUUGAGACUAUACAAUCUCCCUUUCAUCAAUUAUUAUUAGAGGAGACAGGAUUGAGGUAGGUAUAACUAUAGCGAUGUAACUCUUGUUUUAUCAUUUAAUUUGGGAUUUGGUUAAACUGAAAUUUUUAUGCAUGGUCACUGAAAUAUUGUUUGAGUCUCUUUUUUGGGUUCAUGGAUGGCUAACUGUUCUCAAGUAUUUAAGAGGACAGGCUCAAAAACAUAUUGUUGAAUGGACACUGCUGCUGACGGAGGUGUUCUUUUUCAAUUGGUUAGAGAUUCGGGUAUUUUUGGAGUUAAAAUUUCAAAAGUGGGUGUCAGAUGCUAAUAGAAGUUUCUACAUGUAUGGAAACCAUCUUGGGUGAACUGGGAUGGAUGCAAGGCCAUUAUCUGUAUAUUGCAAAAAUAUAUGGGUGCCUGGAGGUAAUAAAAUUCAUAAUCUGUCGAAUAGCAUAAAUAAUUUUAUUCCAGCUUGCAGGAUCAGCGGCUAACUUCUUGAACCUUGAAGGUCUAUAGUUUCUGCUGGUUAGUAUGUUCUUGUUUGGGUUAAGGAAUGAUUUCUGCAGGAAUUUUAAAAUUUCAAAUUCGCUUCUGUUCGGCAUAUAUUUAGGCUAAAGAAAGAUUGACAUUGGGUAUCCUAAUGUGAAUAAAAUUGGUUGGAACUCUUGUGCUUGUUACACAAUGAAUUUUCUCUGAA